AUGCCCGAAUGUACGCAUCCAAUAGUUGGUGUCGGAAUAUUUGUAAUUCGAGGAAACAAAUUCCUGAUUGGUAAAAGAAAAGGAAGUCAUGGACCCGGAACUUUAGAAUUCGGUGAAUCUUUUGAAGACUGUGCAAAACGUGAGGUAUUUGAAGAAACAAACCUCGAAAUCACCAAUGUAAUCUAUCAGACUGUAACCAACAGUGUAAUGGUAAAUGAAAAUAAGCAUUACGUAGAUAUUUUUAUGCGUGCUGAAGUUGUUGAUGUGGAUGCUGAUCCUUUGGUAAUGGAACCCAACAAAUGUGAAGGUUGGGAAUGGGUAACAUGGGAUGAAUUUAUACAAGGUGGUAUUACUG